UUGUCAAAAAAAAAAAAAAGACAAGUACCCACGAUUGAUUUUUGACAACUUAAUGGGCAACUUCACCUCUAUAUACCCCUUCCAUUUUCAUUUCUGAACUCACCUUGAUAUUUCUCUCAUUUGUUUCAUCCACAUUUCUUUCCAUUUAUAAAUUUAUUGAGUGUUUUUUUUUCUAUUUUGUUAAUCUUUGUUUAGCAACUAAUUCAGUUGUUAGGUUAAUUUUCUAGGCUCACCCCAGUUCCCAGUAACUGGGGGAGCAGAAAGUUCAUCCAAGUCCACUGUUGAAUGGUGGUUGUACGAAUUGGGAACAUUAUCAAUGAAGUUGGAUUCUUAACGGUCAUCUCUACCUCCCACUCUCUAUAGAAGCUCACUGAUGCUCUAAUUUCUCAUUUCACUGCAUUCUUCUGGUUGUCAUAAAAAGGUGACAUUGGAAUUUAUACAGUUCUGACAACAUGAAGGGUGCUGUGCUUGUGGCUUUGGCUGCUACAAUUGGUAAUUUUCUACAGGGUUGGGACAAUGCAACAAUUGCUGGGUCUAUUCUCUACAUCAAGAAAGAACUUGAACUAUCCACCGCCAUGGAGGGACUUGUCGUGGCAAUGUCACUUAUUGGAGCUACGGUUAUCACAACGUGCUCGGGGGCCGUAUCAGAUGCUGUUGGUCGACGUCCUUUGCUGAUGCUCUCGGCCUCACUCUACUUUAUUGGCAGUUUGGUGAUGUUAUGGUCACCUAAUGUCUAUAUUUUGCUUUUAGCCAGGUUGUUGGAUGGUUUUGGAAUAGGGCUGGCUGUGACCCUUGUUCCUGUUUAUAUAUCAGAGACUUCCCCUCCAGAGAUUAGGGGAUUACUAAAUACACUUCCUCAAUUCACUGGCUCUGGUGGAAUGUUCUUAUCAUACUGCAUGAUCUUUGGAAUGUCACUCAUGGCAUCUCCUAGCUGGAGAAUAAUGCUUGGUGUUCUUGGGAUCCCUUCUGUUUUUUAUCUUUUAUUUGCAUUCUUCUACUUGCCUGAAUCCCCGCGGUGGCUUGUGAGCAAAGGAAGGAUGUCUGAAGCAAAGAAGGUUUUGAAAAGAUUACGUGGCACUGAAGAUGUCUCAGGUGAAUUGUCUUUGCUAGUUGAAGGGCUUGGUGUCGGGGGUGAAACUUCAAUAGAAGAGUACAUUGUAGAACCAGCAGAAGAGCUAGCAGGUGGUACUGAGAAAGGCAAAGUAAAGCUAUACGGAGCAGCAGAAGGCCUUUCUUGGAUUGCAAAACCUGUCACUGGACAGAGUGCUGUUGGUCUUGUAUCCCGUCAUGGAAGCAUGGUGGGCCUAGUUGAUCCUCUCGUGACUCUGUUUGGAAGCGUCCAUGAAAAGCUUCCUGAACAAGGAAACAUGAGAAGUGCGCUUUUCCCAAGUAUUGGCAGCAUGUUAAGCACGGCAGAUGCUCAUGUUCACAGAGAUCAAUGGGAUGAAGAAAACCAGGAUGUUGAUGAAGACGAUGAGCCAAUCGCUGAUCCUGCAGGAGGGGAGGAUUUUGAUGAUAAUGACUUGCAUGCUCCAUUGAUUUCACGUCAAACAACAAGCAUGGAGAAAGACAUGGGUCUUCCUCCUGUCUCUCAUGGUACUGUUAUGAGCAUGGGAUACCAUGGCAGUCUUUUUCAAGGUGCUGGGGAAACUAUUACUACUACAGGAAUUGGCGGUGGUUGGCAAUUGGCGUGGACUUUAGAUGAGAAAGAAGCUGAAGAUGGAAAGAAAUCUAAAGACUUCAAAAGGAUUUACUUGCAUCAGGAUGGCGGGCCGGCUUCUAUGCGUGGAUCACUUCUAUCACUUCCUGGUGGUGAUUUCCCUGGAGAUGGAGAUUGUGUUCAGGCUUCUGCUCUUGUAAGUAAUCCUGCACUUUAUUCGAAGGAGGUUCUGGGUCAAAGUCCUAUUGGUCCUGCGAUGGUUCAUCCAGCUGAAAUUGCUUCCCAAGGACCAACCUGGAAGGCUCUCCUUGAUCCAGGAGUCAAGCGUGCAUUGAUUGUUGGAGUUGGAAUUCAGAUGCUUCAACAGUUCGCUGGUAUAAAUGGCGUUCUCUACUAUACCCCACAAAUUCUAGAAGAGGCAGGAGUAGAAGUUCUUCUAUCUGAUCUAGGGAUCAGCUCUACAUCUGCCUCAUUUCUUAUCAGUGCAUUAACGACCUUCUUAAUGCUGCCCUGUAUCGCUGUUGCUAUGAGGCUCAUGGAUAUCUCUGGUAGAAGGUCACUGUUGCUUGCUACAAUUCCUGUGUUGAUCGCCUCAUUGGUUAUCCUAGUAAUCAGCUGCACUGUUAGCAUGGGUAGUGUAAUUCAUGCUGUCAUCUCAAUCAUCUGUGUUAUUGUCUACUUCUGCACAUUUGUUAUGGCUUACGGACCCAUACCGAAUAUUUUAUGUUCCGAGAUCUUCCCUACUCGAGUCCGUGGUGUUUGUAUUGCUAUAUGUGGCUUGGUUUUCUGGAUAUGCGACAUUAUUGUCACUUACUCCUUGCCCGUCAUGCUCAAUUCUAUUGGUUUGGGAGGCAUCUUCGCAAUAUAUGCUGUGGUUUGUGUCAUCUCUUUGGUGUUUGUCUACCUCAAAGUCCCAGAAACAAAGGGUAUGCCCUUAGAAGUUAUCACAGAGUUCUUUUCAGUUGAUCCUAAACAGUUAGAAGCCGCUAAGGCGGAGUAGCAACAACAUCUCAUACAGAGUUAGACAAAAGAGAUCGUUUCUUGUUGGGAGAUUAUUAAUUGUUGUCAUGAUUGCUUUAACUGAGAAUAGUUUCUAUUCAAAAACAGUUGAAUAUAGAAAGCGAAAGCCUCUCUAUAUUUCAAUAUUUUGUUGUCUCCCUCAAAUUGUUAUAUAAUGAUCAUAAUAAUUUUAUCUCAA